CGGCAGCUGAGCCCUUAGCUCACCCCUCUCUCCGACCGGAGGAGCGUCCCCGGAGUUUGGGGGUCGGCAGGGAGGCCCCCGGCCCUGCCGCCCACGAUGGCCUCCAACAACCUGAAUGGCCGGAGCCCCUCCCCUUCCUCCUCUUCUUCAUCCUCCGGGAGUCGCCUGCAGAGCCUCAAGCCCCCCAACCUCUCCAUCAUCAUCCCGCCCCCAGCGGGCGCGGCCCCGGGCGAGCGGGACCUCAUGCUGACGGAGAGGCCCAAGAACCCAGCGUACAUGAAGAGCGUGAGUCUGCAGGAGCCGCCCAACCGGCACCAGGAGGGCAGCUCGGGCCAGCGCCCUGGCUUCCACCGCCAGACCUCCCUGUCCCAGAGCAUCCGCAGGGGCACGGCCCAGUGGUUCGGCGUCAGCAGCGACUGGGAGGCGAAACGGCAGAACUGGCAGCGCAAGAGCCUGCACCACUGCAGCGUGCGCUACGGGAAGCUGAAAGCCUCGUGCCAGCGUGAGCUGGAGCUGCCCAGCCAGGAGGUGCCCUCCUUUCAGGGCACCGAGUCCCCCAAACCCUGCAAGAUGCCCAAGAUUGUGGACCCACUGGCCCGCGGCCGGGCCUUCCGGCACCCGGACGAGGUGGACCGGCCUCACCCUCCGCUGACCCCGGGGGUCCUGUCCCUCAGCUCCUUCACCAGUGUCCGCUCGGGCCAUGCCCACCCACCCCGCCGCAAGAAGGAGUCCGUGGCCCACAUGAGCUUCCGGGCUGCCGCUGCCCUCCUCAAGGGACGCUCGGUCCUGGAACCCUUGGGGCAGAGAUGUCGGCCGGUGAAGCGUAGCUUCGUGUACCCCAGCUUCCUGGAGGAGGACAUGGUGGACGGAGUCGACACCUUUGACUCAUCGUUCUUCAGUAAGAUCGACAUGCAAGAUGAGUUGUGCUCUAUGCCCGACGACGUGUUCGAGUCUCCCCCACUCUCAGCCACGUGCAUCCGGGGACCCCCGCACUUGGACUCCCCACAGUCUCCGGACCGGGGGCACAUCUCCCUGAAGGAACCGGCCAGCAAGGCACCCCAGCGUGGCAAGCGCAUCGCGUCGAAGGUGAAGCACUUCGCCUUUGACCGGAAGAAGCGGCACUAUGGGCUGGGCGUGGUGGGGAACUGGCUCAACCGCCGCUACCGCCGCAGCAUCAGCAGUACUGUGCAGCACCAGCUGGAGAACGUCAACAGCCAUCGGCCGUACUUCACCUACUGGCUGACCUGCGUGCACGUGGUCGUCAUGCUGCUUGUUAUCUGCACGUAUGGCAUUGCGCCCAUUGGCUUCGCCCAGCAUGUCACCACGCAGCUGGUGCUGCGGAACAAAGGCGUGUACGAAAGCGUCAAGUACAUGCAACAGGAGAAUUUUUGGAUCGGGCCCAGCUCGAUCGACCUGAUCCACUUGGGAGCCAAGUUCUCUCCUUGCAUCCGGAAGGACCGGCAGAUCGAGCGGCUGAUCGAGCGGGAGAGGGACCGGGAGAGAGACUCGGGCUGCUGUGUCCAGAAUGACAACUCGGGCUGCAUCCAGACGCAGCGGGCAGACUGCUCGGAGACCUUGGCCACUUUCACUAAGUGGCAGGAGGACACCGGCCCCCCCAUGGACAAGUCCAACCCUCACCAGAACCGCACCUCAGGGGCUGUCUGCCACCAGGACCCCAGGACCUGCGAGGAGCCGGCCUCCAGCGGCGCCCACAUCUGGCCCGAUGACAUCACCAAGUGGCCGAUCUGCACCGAGCAGACCAAGAAGACACGCUCGGGUUUCCAACACCUGGACUGCCAGAUCAAGGGAAGACCAUGCUGCAUCGGAACCAAGGGCAGCUGUGAGAUCACAACCCGGGAAUACUGCGAGUUCAUGCACGGCUACUUCCAUGAAGAAGCUACUCUCUGCUCUCAGGUGCAUUGCCUGGACAAGGUGUGCGGCCUCCUGCCCUUCCUCAACCCCGAGAUCCCUGACCAGUUCUACCGGCUCUGGCUGUCCUUGUUCCUUCACGCCGGCGUGGUGCACUGCCUGGUGUCGGUGAUCUUCCAGAUGACCAUCCUCAGGGACCUGGAGAAGCUGGCAGGCUGGCACCGGAUCUCCAUCAUCUUCAUCCUCAGCGGCAUCACGGGCAACCUCGCCAGCACCAUCUUCCUCCCUUACCGGGCAGAGGUAGGGCCCGCGGGGUCGCAGUUCGGCUUGCUCGCUUGUCUGUUCGUGGAGCUGUUCCAGAGCUGGCCGCUACUGGAGAAGCCCUGGAAGGCCUUCCUGAACCUGUCCGCCAUCGUGCUCUUCCUCUUCGCCUGCGGCCUGCUGCCCUGGAUCGACAACAUCGCCCACAUCUUCGGCUUCCUGAGCGGGCUGCUCCUGUCCUUCGCCUUCCUGCCCUACAUCACCUUCGGCAGUGCCGACAAGUGCCGCAAACGGGCCCUGAUCAUCGUCUCUCUGGUCGUCUUCGCGGGCCUCUUCGCCUCCCUGGUCAUCUGGCUCUACGUCUACCCCAUCAACUGGCCCUGGAUCGAGUACCUCACCUGCCUGCCCUUCACCAGCCGCUUCUGCGAGAAGUACGAGCUGGACCAGGUGCUGCACUGACCGCCCGCCCCCCGCCCCGUGGGGAGGGUACACUACUUGGGCUGGCGAACCCUCUGUCCGGGGCGGCGGAGAGGCUG